ACCACUAUUUUGUCUGCUAACACUGCUUGUUUCCCUGGUACUUUAGCAUUUGUGGAAAAAACAUCAGUUUUGUACAUUUUGUUGGUUAUAUCACUUGCUACUUAUACAGGUAUCCUUUGUCUGCCAAUAAUCUACUGGCCUGCAGACGUAAUCAAUCAUCAUCUGCUGGAAGAGCAUAUCAUUGCAUCAUCAUCAUCAUCAGCGGCAGCAUCACCACCAUCAUCAUCAUCAUCAUCAUCAGGAACAUCAUCCUCAAGACCGACUUGGAACUGAACCAGAAGGACCGAGAGCCGGCCACAAACAUCAUCAUCAGCAGCAUCAAAUCAAUAUGCCUCAGCUCCAGCGAGUGCUCAUCUACCUCCUUCGAAGAGAUCUCCGUCUAGCAGACAACCCGAUUUUCAACGAACUUGCGCAAUUGAACGCACAAUCGCAAAAGCCCUUCACUCACGUCCUGCCCAUAUACAUUUUUGCAGCAGAACAAGUCGAGAUUUCGGGAUUCUUGAGCUCCAAUCAGGACAAGUCACCGUACAAAGAAGCACGGAGUCGAGUGGGCAAGUUUUGGAGAUGUGGAAGUCAUCGGGUCAAGUUUGUGGCGGAAAGUGUGUGGGAUUUGAAGCAGGAUCUGCGGAAAAUUCAGAGUGAUCUCGUGAUUCGGGUGGGCUCUGUCAAGGAUGCGGUGCAGUCUCUUGUGGACGCGUAUCGGGAACGGGAGGAUGCGGAGAUUCAUGGUCUGUGGAUGACGAGUGAAGAGGGAUGGGAGGAGCAGAAUGAGGAAAAAGCCGUCAAGACGAUUCUUGAGGAGAAUGGGAAAGAAUUCAAGCUAUGGACCGACGAGAAGUAUUUUAUUGAUGACCGAGACGUACCCUUCAAGAACCCAAGAGAUCUUCCCGAUGUCUUCACCACAUACCGAAAGAUGGUCGAACCGCUUCGCGACGGGCCCCGGAAAGAACUCGCAAAGCCAGACCAAAUGCUUCCUCUUCCCGAUCACAUUCCUGCUCAAGCUCGACCAUUCACCAUCCCAUCCACAUAUGAUGAAGUCCUCGCAGCGCUCACCAAGCCUCUGGGUAAGCAGCCCAUUGACGUUCCCGAGCCUCCUCAGGUGUCCCAGAACGCAAAGUCUGCGCAUCCAUUCGUCGGGGGCUCCACAUCGGGCCACGAACGUAUACGCCAUCUGAUCGACUCGGGUUCCAUGACUUCUUACAAAGAUACCAGGAAUGGCUUACUCGGUCUCGACUUCAGUACCAAACUCUCGGCAUGGCUUGCCAUGGGAUGUAUUUCUUCCCGUCAAGUACACUGGCAGCUCGUAGAUUUCGAAGACGGCAAAGGCGCGUGCGGGAAAAGUGCCAAUGGCUACGGCAAAGGCGAGUCCAAGGGCAGCGCCGCAGUCCGAUUCGAAUUGCUGUGGCGAGACUACAUGCGUCUCUGCACGCGCAAAUUCGGGAUGCGGCUAUUCUUCCUCAGUGGAUACAAAGGCGAUCACGAAGCAGCCAACAGAUGGAUCAGCUCACCAUAUACUCCUUCCACCAACAAGAAAAACUCGCACGGCGUCCACGACGACGCCACACGCACUGUCGUCGAACGCUUCCUCGCCGGCCGCACCGGCACGGGUCUCAUCGACGCCUCGCAGCGCGAAUUGUGGUUCACGGGAUGGACAUCCAACCGAGCACGUCAAAACGUCGCAUCCUACCUCGCCAAACAUCUCGGCAUCGACUGGCGCCUCGGAGCGGAAUGGUACGAACAAAAUCUCAUCGACUACGACGUCUCAUCCAACUGGGGCAAUUGGCAAUAUGUCGCCGGCGUAGGGAAUGACCCUCGAGGAGAUGCGCGAGUGUUCAACCCCGUCAAACAAGCCGUGGACUAUGACAAGAAUGGCGAAUAUGUUCGCACGUGGGUCCCCGAGUUACGCGAUGCUGGCCGAGGAGGAGGAGGAGGAGAAGGAGCUGCUGCUGGUGAUGCCCCCUCGGAAGGUGAAAAUGGCGGUAUGGAGUCCUUGAUGGGCGUAUUUCAAGCGUGGAGACUACCGGACGAGGAGAAGAAACGGCUAGGAUUGGAAGGUGUCGAAUGGGUAGAAAAACCGCUCGUUCGUAUCAACUACUCGGUCAAUCGCCGUGGUGGUGGAGGAGGAAGAGGCGGCGGAGGCGGUCGUGGAGGUCGUGGUCGUGGCAGAAGAGGUCGAGGCGGUGGAGGUCGUGGAGAUCGCGGACAGUAGCAUCGUUGAGAAGCCUUACCUGUAUCAGGAGGAGCUCAUGUUAUGACUAACAUCUGGAGGCUCAUGUAUGUAUAUAUACCUAGAGGUACAUUAGGUAAAAAGUCGG